UCGUGUGAACUGCGAAGAUAUAUACGCAUGGUCAGAUUCUUCUAUUGUGUUAGCGUGGCUUCGAUCACCACCUCAUGAAUGGAAAACUUUCGUGUCUAAUCGAACGAGCGAGAUACUCUCACGACUUCCUGCAAGGUGCUGGCGUCACGUUCCAUCUGAGGAUAACCCAGCAGAUGCUCCAUCUCGUGGGAUGCUUCCUCAAACAUUUCUAAAUAAUGAAAUGUGGUUUAAUGGCCCGCCGUGGCUUGCCCGAGAGCCGUCUUGCUGGCCCACGAACAAAAACAUUCCUAAUACUACGGAGGAAAGACGUAAUUUAACAGUAAUGCUGAAUUCAGUAAUAACACAACCGGAGGACGUGGAAUACAUAUCACGCUUUUCCACGUUAGGUAAACUCGUUAGAAUUACAGCUCGAAUAUUUCGUUUUUACAAUAAUUGUAAGCGAAUAAAAAAAUCCUAUCCUGAUUUUAUUACGGUGUCCGAGUAUGAGUUUUCUUUAAUGAAAUUAAUUCACAGAGUUCAAUUAUUUUGUUUUUAUGAGGACAUAAAAAAUAUUUCACAGGGAAAAUAUCCUUCAAAUAAACUCAGACGUUUAAAUCCCUUUCUUGACAAAGACAAUAAUUUACGAGUAGGAGGACGACUUCACAAGUCAAUUUUGAAUUUUGAUUCUAAGCACCAGUUGAUUCUACCUAAAAAACAUCAUUUAACUUUUUUAAUAAUCGAUAACGCUCAUAUCACAAAUUUGCAUGCCGGAUCUCAAUCUGUUCAACACAUUUUAUUUCAAAGAUUCUGGAUCUUAUCCAGUCGUGAUAUUAUUCGUAUGCGUAUUCAUAGUUGUGUUCGUUGUUUUCGAGCACGUCCUGCUCCGUUACAGCCAGCCAUGGCUCCGCUACCCGCCUCAAGAGUGCGUCCCGAACGUCCAUUCUUAAAGACUGCAGUUGAUUUCGCUGGACCGUUUUACGUUCGUGCAAACAAAGUUCGAAACGCGAAGGUAAUCAAAUGUUAUGUGGCUGUUUUCGUUUGUAUGUCGGUUAGGGCGGUGCAUCUCGAGUUGGUUUCGGAAUUAUCUACUGAUGCGUUUUUGGCGACUCUAAGACGAUUUAUAUCACGUAGAGGUAUGAGUACCGAUAUUUAUUCCGAUUGCGGGAGAAACUUUGUUGGCUGUAAUAACUAUUUACAAGAGUUAUAUAAAUUUUUACGUGAUAAUGAUGUACAAUCGACGUUAAACAGUAAAACUUUAGAACAAGGUAUAACUUGGCAUUUUCAGCCACCUUACGCUUCUCAUUUCGGCGGCUUAUUCGAAGCCGGUGUAAAAAGUUUUAAGCAUCACUUUUACCGUGUGUUAGGCACACAAACACAGACGUAUGAUGAGAUGCAUACACUUCUUUGUCAAAUUGAGGCCGUACUCAAUUCACGACCACUCUGUCUGUUAAGUAGCGAUCCUACGGACCCUUUACCCUUAACACCUUCUCAUUUUUUAAUUGGAGGUCCUUUAACGGCUCUGCCAGAUGUCUCAUUGACGGAGUCUACUUCGAGUAAACUGACCAGAUGGCGUUGGGUACAACAGUGUCUUCAACACUUCUGGAAACGUUGGAGUCGCGAGUAUUUACAUGAAAUCCAACAACGCAAUAAAUGGUUUCACAAUCGCGGACCACUCAUACGUGAAGGCACCAUUGUCGUGGUACGCGACGAUAAUCUUCCUCCAUUACACUGGAGACUGGCUCGCGUACACGCUCUUCAUCCCGGGUCCGACAAUGUUACUCGCGUAGUAACUGUUCAAAUCGGUAAUACCUUCGUUAAACGUGCAGUAGUCAAACUUUGUCCACUUCCAAUAAACUAACUUUUUUUAUUAUUAUGUUACUCAUUAUUAUUUUUUAUUAUUUUUUAUUAUUACUUUUAAUUUUCACACAUACGUGGUUGAGUUACUGAGUUUUUAAAUUUCUUCAUAAGUAGUGUUAAAACAAUUUCAUUAUUUUAAGGUGAGCGGCAUGUUUCGUACCGAAACAGAUUUUUCGUGUUUCUGUAUUUUUAUUAAUAUCGAGUAUUGGGCAAUACAUCUUCAAGACAACACAAAUCUUAACCUAGGUACAGUAAGGUUCGAUCUCGCCUGUAGACGGCCGGCUAGCCAACCAGAAGCUUGCUGAGCAACCCCUCCAAGCCUACGGGCAGAGGUCGCCGUCGUAUAGUAACUUAACACACGCGUUCCGCGACAGACAUUCUUUAUUACAAACAACAAAAAUUACCCAACGCAAGUCACGCGUAACCAUUAGAACCAGCGACAAUUGUUCAUCGUGUACCAGUCAAGGGACAGACGGUCCCACCUCCGGAAACGACGCUGAGCCCAGGGAGCGCGAGGCAGUGGAAGGAAGGUGAACCGGUGCUCAAAAUUUUCGGGAUGAAGUCAGAAAAGAACUAUGCUCACCAUACCUGGUACCAAGAUACAGUUUAUUCAGAGCAGAUCCGGAUUACGAUCUACCUGAAAAUUGGCCGUGUCACUGGAGCAACGGAGGCAUAGAUUUUACGUUUAAUUUCUAUUCGACGAAUUUCAGAACCCUAAAGAACGUUGUGUACAAAGGCCUGAAUCACAUUAAGGAACGUUCGUGCCUACGAUUUAAAGAGCAUAAUCCUGUGACAUUGGCAACCAUGAACACAACCUACCUGUACUACACCUACUCCGAAGUUCUCGAGAACUGUUGCCUGUCCUAUUUCACGAAGCCGUCCGGGAAAAGAACGAUAUUAAUAACCCCACUAUGCACGUUACCAACAGAAGUGGCACAUGCAACUCUUCAUGGCAUGGGAUUGAUACACCGUACUCGCAAACCGUUCAAAUUCAAGAAUGUAAAGGCUGUAUUGUUCUCAAGUAACUGCACUGACUACAAGAACAAAAUGAUGAAUUUAAAUAAAGCAUUGCCACUUAGAUGAGAAAAA